ACCGGUUCCUCCCAGAACUGUGCGCAGCCUCGGUAACUGCCAUGAGGAGGCUCAGAGAUAGAGGCCGAGGCCUUCGUGGUGGUAUGGCCUUACCAGGCAGCUCCUCCCUGGGCCUCUUGGCCAGGUUCUUGCUGCUUCAGACACAAUUGGGCGAGGCCCGGAUGGUUCCAGGGAUGCUGUCUCUUGCUCCUCUCCCCUUGGGGGAUGGCAUCGAUGGCCUGGGUGCACGCCCCUGGGAGAAGCCCCUCACAGGGAUGCCUGAGACCUCGCAGGCCCCCCAGCCUGCGGGGGGCGUGAUGUCCCCUAACUCAGUGGCAUUUACUCCCGAUCACUCUUUUCCAACCAUGACUCUGUCACGGGAACGGUUUCCAACAUGGAUCCCAACCACUGCAGGUUGUGGCCGCAGAAGUUCAAGGAUAGUUGGCGGAGAGCCUGCCGAAGAGAGGAAGUGGCCCUGGCAGGUGAGCUUGCAGGUGGAUAGCUCCCACAUCUGCGGCGGCUCCCUCAUCAGCAAAUGGUGGGUGAUGACCGCGGCCCACUGUGUGUAUGGCCAUCUGAAUUAUGUAGUAUCGAUGGGAGAGAUUAACCUGUCGUCCAAAAAUGCAGUCAACAUUCCUGUCCAAGACAUCAUUGUUCACCAAGAUUACUCUGUUAUGGGAUCCAUUGUGAACGACAUUGCCCUUGCUCUGCUGGCCUUCCCUGUGAACUACACUGUCUCCAUCCAGCCUGUCUGCCUCCCUGACAGGGCUUUCUUGGUACAAGCUGGGACCCAGUGCUGGGUGACCGGAUGGGGCAGAACAUUUGAAAAAGGGAGAGCAUCAGGACAGCUUCGGGAGGUUGAGCUGAGCAUUAUUCGUUACGAGCAAUGUGAUGAGAUUCUCAGAGAAAGCACAGGAAAACUAUUUGCCCAAGUCCAAGAAGGGAGCGUCUGUGGCUAUAGUGAGAGAGGAGGAGAUUCCUGCCAGGGAGAUUCUGGGGGGCCCUUGAUCUGUGAAUUUAAUGAAACGUGGGUGCAGGUGGGGAUCGUCAGCUGGGGCAUCGGCUGUGGGCGAAAAGGAAUUCCUGGCGUUUAUACAGAAGUGAGUUACUACAAAGACUGGAUCGUUAGAGAACUGAGUCGCGCUUCGUAUGGGAACUCACCAGGCUUCCUCAUCUUAAGCACAUGCCUGGCGCUUCACUUGGGCAUCCUGGUGACCCUGUGAUCCCCUCGGUCCACUGUCCUCUUGUUCCUGAGCCCCCACGAGGCUUCUCCUCCGACCUUCUUUCCCUGCCAAUGCUCUUUCUUCAAAUCCCACUCGGAAUCCCUUGCCUCAGUGGAGCAUCACAGGGAGUUUGGGGCUUGCAAAAUGUCCUAGCCUGGUGCUCCGGUCAUCGGCCUCAGUUACCAGUGUAUAAGGGCUGUGCUUUGCCUGGAGUGAAGGAGAGUGAACCAUUUCCAGAUAGAGGACUAUCUGACCUGCCAAGCGGAGGGAGAUAACUCAUGGAGGCCUUGGAGAUCAUCCACAGAGGAGAGAGACAUCAUCAGUGUUGAAUGGCCGCAAGACCUAAUCGGUUUAAUAGCUCUUACCAGAGACCCUGCAGUAACCGGGAGUUCCGUGAGCACUCACAAAGAGACAGGGAGGCACAGCACAUUUCCCGCAGAGUUGUGGGCCUGGGACUGCUACCUCUGGCUCAGUUGUGGGUGGCAGCAUUUCCCCACACCACAGUGGGAAUCCAUCUGUGAGUACAAAACUUUUGCUGCGUAAGACUCCUGGGAGCGGUCCUGCCUGGUACCCUCUUCCUCAGUACCCUAGCAGCCACUUCCAGGGCCCCCCUAAGUUUUGGAGAGGCUAGAUUUCGGAUGUGAACUGAAUAAAUGUGUCUCAUAUGCUCUGAA